AUGGGGCUAUUUUCCUUGAAUGCCCGCGCCGAGGUGUCCAUUCUGGACGCCGCCUUUGCUCGUAUGGUAGGGUGCUAUGUGGAUGAAAGUCAGCAACAAGGUUGUGUUGGUAUUGGAGGAGGCGUAUACGUGACGAAGGGACUUACCAAGAUUAAGGUCACUCUGGCUGGAUCGCUGGUGGACUUCUUCGACGCUUGGGUUGGCGAGAUGUCGGGUCAGGAUGCGAUCUUCGGCAUGGACUUUAUGGUCCCAGCAGGAAUUCGCCUGGACUUGCCCGACGGGACGUUGUGCUUGCCGGACGAGAUCCGCUUCCAGCUGUCAGGACGACGCCCGCUGUAUGGUGACCACGUCAGCGCAGUCCGCCUUGA